UUUGCACAUCAGUUUUGUUUUCUUUUUCCCCGACCGUGCGUGCUGCUGCUGUGCUGCACCGACCACAGAAUUUUCAGUAAGCAAAUCGUCGUCGUUCCGAUUUUUUCCCGUCCGCCCGUCGUCGCCUGCCACCGUGUGGCCACUCCGGGUUCGAUUCGAUUUUUUUUCUAGUUUUCCGAGAGUGAGUGAGUGUGUGAAACCAUGCCGGUGGUGUCCACGUUGGGUUCGGUUUCCCGGCGGGGCUGGGUCGGAAUCGGGCUCGUCGGUUUCGUGCUGUUUUCCGACCUCAUUUGGACGCGCAUCGAGCGGUGGCUGUCCGCGCGGAGGGCCCGCCGCCACACGGAGGCUACCGUGGCGGAGGUUUUCUUCGCGAACGAACGGAGUAACCGGCCGGACGACGCCGGCGUUUCGAUGGACCGGUUCACGUCGGAGCACGUCCAGCGGAUCGUGGACUAUCUGGACCGGGCGCGGGUCGCCGUGUACCUCGGGAUGUACAUCGUGACGGUGGACAAGAUCGGCGACGCGUUGAUACGGGCCAAGGCGCGCGGGGUCCGCGUGCGGGUCAUCGGCUGUUCCUCGAUGGCGUACAGUUCCGGCUCGCAGAUGAACAAGAUGGCUGAGCAAGACAUCCCGAUCCGGUUCAACGACUCGUCCAGUGCGUACCUGAUGCACCACAAGUUCUGCCUGAUCGACACGGAUUGGCUGUGCGCGGGGUGUUACCACGCGGAGCGAGUGCGCCGGUUGGGCUUUUGCUGUGACGGAAGUGGCCCGGCCAGCGGCGGCAGUGCACUUCCCGUUGGCCACGCGAUGGUCAACGGUGGUGGUGGCGGGGGGUUAGUGGCCAACGGUGGCGGAAAAGCGAUCGUGCCGUGUGACCUCGCCGAUCGGAGUGGUUGUGCGCGCUGUCGUAAGGUCCUGCGGGAGGAAAAAGAGCGUGUGCUGGUGGGGGAGGGUGGUGGUGGUGGCCGGGAUCCGCUGCCGGCGGGGGGAAUCAUCAUUACGGGGUCCACCAAUUGGACGAUGCAGGCGCUGUCCGGCAACUGGGACAACAUGAUCGUGACGUCCCGGCCGGAGGUGGUGGCCCCGUUCCAGGCCGAGUUCCAGCGGCUGUGGGCGUGCUUUGCCUGGUCGCCGCCGAUGUUCGAGCGGGGAGGCGGAAGAGCGGCUGCGGGGCGGUAGCGGGACGGCGGAUGAGAAGAGGUUA